CAUCCAUACAUUUCUUUUCUUUUUUUCUUUUUCUUUUUUUCUACGUGCAGCAAUCCACUACGUCCAAUAUCCCUGUACAGAGUAGAACUACUUACGUCCUCCCCAUUAAUAUUAAUGAUUACAUACUUGGUGUUGUUACCGCUGACUACCUACGUAACCUAAACUACCUUACACACAUACCUCACCUAUUCGGUCUUCUCUCUCUUCUCUCUCUCUCUCUACCUCUCUCUAACUUGAGACGUUGAUACGUUGAGAUGAAAGGGACGUUACAGUAGAGCUGAUAUAACGCAAUAAUAUUAGGUACAUAAUAAUAUAAUAACACGGAAAAUAACAUCAAGAAUAACAAGAAUGCCUUCAAUCGAGCUAGGAGACUCGAUACCUCCUAACACUGCUCACGCCGUGAGCGUUUCGCUUCCCACGUGGAGGUCAAACGUCGGAUAUGAAGAAGGGGAGCAAUGGGUCCUUGACGUUAUGGUUACCGGCUACCCCAGAUUCUUCAUCCAUAAGAGCAUCCAGGCAUUCGGUCGCGACAUCGUCGCCAAGCACGGGUCUGCCAACCACCAGGCUGUUCUGUUUCCUACUAAAAAGACGGCAAACAGGUGUAUCGAGUUCAUCCGAGACAAGGCGCCCGAGUCUGUCUUGGCGGACCUCGACGUCCUGCAUCUCGUCUUGGACCCGACUAAGAAAGCCCCGGCUGGACUGCCUGACACCCCGUCUAUUUCCGCUGUUCUCUGCACCUCCGAAUCAUUCCCCCUUGCGAAGCAGUACUGGCAGCACUCUGGCGACGGUGUUUCAAGCCGACGUGCCGAGUUCUACCAUGCUUUAUUCAAGGAGAAUAUGCUCGUGCCCGAGGACAAGGCGUCAUCAUCACCUCGCCCUUUGAAUAAACUGGUUCGCGGUCCAAAAAGGUACAGACGGACAGCUUCCGUAGACGACACGACAAAUGGGUCCAACGGGGCAAACAGCAAUCGCCAGUAUCCCGUAACCCUUGAUCCUCCCGCCGCCGAGGCAACAGACGCACUCGAAAGCUCGAGGUUCUUGGAAGAGCGAUACGGCAGAAAUCUUGACCUCUCCCUCGUUCCCAAUGCCAAGUCGGCUAUUAGACGCCGCAUCGCCGGCGUUCUAACCACGGAUAUCGAUCUAGAAAGCACUGCUGCCCUGCCAACGAUGGAUUCUAACGCCCGUGGCAUUUCAAAUUUAAAGGAGGACGACAUAUACCUGGUACCCUGCGGCAUGAACGCCAUAUUCACAACUCACCAGACCCUGCUCAAGGCACGCAACCCCGAGAAGAGUAUCAACUUCGGAUUCCCCUACGUUGAUACUCUCAAGAUCCUCCAAAAGUUCGGACCCGGAGCUAUAUUCUACGGCCACGGAUCUAGCGCUGACCUGGACGACCUCGAGAGGCGUCUCGAAGCCGGGGAAAAGUUCCUCGGCCUGUUUUGCGAAUUUCCCGGAAAUCCCAUACUCACCUGCCCCGAUCUUGCGCGCAUCAGAAGGCUAGCCGAUAAAUACGACUUCGCCGUCGUGGUAGACGAGACCGUCGGCAACUUCGUAAACGUGAACGUGCUCCCCUUCGCCGACGUAGUCGUCUCCAGUCUAACGAAGAUCUUCUCCGGGGACUGUAACGUGAUGGGCGGGAGCAUAAUCUUGAACCCCAAUAGUCGGUACUACGCAUCCCUCAAGCGUGUCAUGAUGGCCGAGUUCGAGGAUACGUACUGGGCCGAGGACGUGAUUUUUAUGGAGCGCAACAGCCGGGACUUUAUCUCGCGCAUCGACCGCGUUAACGCCAACGCCGAGGCCAUCUGCGAGAUUCUCGUCUCGCACCCCCUCGUCACCAACGUCUACUACCCCAAGUACAACGAGUCUCGGCCCAACUACGAGGCCUGCAAACUACCGACCGGCGGGUACGGCGGGUUGCUGUCGUGCACGCUCAAGACGAAGGCCCAUGCCAUGGCGUUUUACGAUGCCCUGGAAACGGCGAAGGGCCCAAGCUUGGGAACAAACUUCACUUUAACCUCGCCGUACGUGGUGCUCGCGCACUACCAGGAGUUAGACUGGGCGGCGAGUUUUGGGGUCAAUCCGGAUUUACUCAGGGUCAGCGUAGGAUUAGAAGAGGACUUGGUAGAUAUAUUCAAGAGGGCGCUCCAGGCUGCUGAGGCGGUGCAGGAGGAUGCUGAAUAAACUAAAAUAAGCUAAGGGGUUGAGAGAUAAGCAAGAGGUGAAGGGGGUAAGGAAGUAGUUGGACGGACGGGCGGACGGAUGGAUAGGUAGAUUCUCAUACAUAGAUUAGAGUGGAAGAAGUAUUUGACUGGCUCCUCAACGACCGGAAAAUGAAUGGGUAGGAGACAUGAACGCUGGUAUACCGAAAAAAGAACGGGCCAUCCUAGAGAAGAUAGAGAAAAGCUAGAGAAAAGGAAAAGAAAAAAAAAUAGUAAAGAAAUUGAUACAGUGGAUGAAUGAAGGAAUAAAUACCGAACGUAGCAGAUGUAAGUAGUAACCUCUUAUAGCACAGUCUAUCUACAUACUUUACUCGAUUGAUUUCUAGGUUAGGCUAUGUUAGUUUCUAGAUGAGAUAUACCUACCUGGAAACAUUAGUUACUACAAUAGCAAACAAACGGAACGCCUCGCAGCACACGCACUUGGUCACAUACCCAGCUUGGUAGCUAGGUUAGGCACAUAUCUCUUAACAUACCUACCUAAUGCACCAUCAACAGCAACAGCAACAGCA